UGUUUGUGUAAAUGCAGUUUAUGGUGCAAUUGUUUGAUGGUGUCAGUGAAUGCGAGGUUCUAGUUUUGUUAGGUUAGCUCAACAGAAGUGUUUGAUUCAAAUAUCAUUACAAGUAGGUACACACAUAAAGUACAUUCGAUGGACGCCGAUAUAAUAGCUUUAUCAUCAGGGAGCGAGGGUGAAAAUUCGGACUACCAACGUGCAAAGAAACCAAGAUUAUCUCUACUAGAUCACAUUGAUCUUUCCGUAGAUGAUGAGCAGCAUGGUGCUGAUAUGCAAGCAACAAAAGAAAUCAAAACUGAAGAAAAUGUUGGUUCUGGGACUACAUUUGAAUCAGAGAAACUUCCCACUUCCAACAGUUUAGUGAUAGAUCCACAAACUCCACAAGCAGUUGAAAUCAAGAAAACCAAUUCAAAUAUGAUUGAAGAAGCUAUUGCACAAUCUGAAAGAGAAAUCAUCACAGAAUUAAAUGGAUAUACUCUGCCAGUCAUGUCUUCAGAAGUGUGUGAACAGGACAAAAACCAAGAGAAGCUUAUUAUUAGUACCAGUGAUAAUAAAACAUCUGUGAAUUCAGUGCAUGAUGUAACAGAGUGUUCUCAACCAGUUUGUGUAACAGACAGUGACCAAGACAUACCAAGUGUUGUUCCAGAAUCUACAACAGAAUCAGCAGAAUCUGAAACCAAGGUUGCAGGAGAAAAUUCAUUAGGAUUAAAAUUACCACCAAAAUUGAAAGAAUUUAUAAAAUUAUGUAAAAGGAACUUUUGCCAAACAAAGAUGUCCAAGCAACAAGUGCACAGGAAAGUUAGAACUAUUGAAAAAUCAGCAGGUAAUGCUUCAGAUUAUCUUAAAUCAGAAGAGUUUCUGAAAGAACUGGAAUGCUUACAUCAAGAAAUUAGCAAAACACCAAACAAAUCUGCAGAUCUUUUCGUUAAAUUGUACAAGUUAUUAGUAGAUAAUGCAAAUCCAGCAACAAAUGUAGUAAAUACUAAUGACAAAAAUGAUGUAAAGCGUACCUUAAUGUUGGACAGUUUGUACGAAAAAUUAGAGAAAGUCAAAGGAGUGAUUGCGGAAUUAGGAAACGAGGAAGUUGACUUUGAGGCAGAGGAUAAUUCUUCUUAUAUAAGAUAUCAAAGAUAUAAUGAAAAAGCCGCGGAGAUUCUAUUUGCCAUCGCUAAACUGGAAAAACAUAGUCCGCACGCGGGUAUGGCUUACUUUAAUCGUUUGGACUUCACACGCUCAAAGUAUAACGAAUUCAAUUUAGCUCUGACUAAAAAGUAUCGAAAUCGCGAGGAUCAUUCCUUUCCAACAUUUUACGAUGUUAAUAAGUGCUUAAGGAAAUGUGUCAAGAAGAAGAAUAUAACAAUUCGUGAAGCUGAACUGAAAGCUGAAAAGAUUUGCUUUAAAGAAUUAGCCAAACUUCUAAAAAAAAGACGGCAGAAGGAUCUGGAAUCCAUACACAGCUUAUAUCUCACAGAUCUCAAAGAUCCAGCAAAAGAAGACUCCGAGUUGGAUCAAAAGUUGCGAGCAAAUAAGAAAUUGGGUCGCACAAAACUACAAGACGUAUUAACAAAAUUUACAGUUAUGCAGGAUAGGGGCGAGAGUCCCGAAGUCAGCGAAGACUCCGAGGACAGCACCCUGGUGGAAACAGAGGAGUCCAUUGAUACUGACUGAAGUGAAUUCGUUCACUUCAUGUGCUCGUAUUGCAGUUAAUGUGUUGUGUUAAAGAUCAGAAAUUCAAUUUAUUAUUUCAAUAUGUAAUGGCUGUGAUGCGAGUGUACUGAUUAAAUAACAUUAUGUGUGCGAUAAUGAUACGCCACACAUGUAAAUAAAUUUUUUAUAUAAUAAGAAACACGAUUGUUCCCGUAAAACUAAAAAAGUUAAACACAUGUACAUUUUUACUUAAUGUAAAGGAGUAUGUACCUUUGUUCUACGAUUCAUAAAGUACGAAAACACAGAAACACCAUCCAAUUUCGUUUCUACUCAAAAAAUAAAUCGUUAGCAUUUCGCUAAAUAGAACUGGGGCUGAAGAAAAACCGAGGCUGAACCGUAGGAAGGGCGGACAGCUGCCUGCAGGCUUCAUCCAACUUGAAAAAUGCAAAUCUAAAUUUACACUAUCAAUUUGGAAGUUUAUCAACCAGUUAAUCUAUAUAUAUAAAAUUUGCGUGUCACAGUGUUUGUUUCCAUACUCCUCCGAAACGGCUUUACCGAUUUUUACCAAAUUUUAUAUGCGUAUUCAGUAGGUCUGAGAAUCGGCUAACAUCUAUUUUUCAUACCCCUAAGUGAUAAGGGUUGUUCACCAUUAACUUUUUUUUUAAAUUUUUGGACAAAUUCUUUUGUUUUUAUUUUUUUUAUAAUGUGGAAUUAAAAAAUACAUACAACCCUAAAUAUUUAGUUUUUUUAUCACCAACCCCUAUUAGUACAGGAUCCGGGGCCUAUUUUGUCACUUGAUUACUAUCAAGCUAAUUUUCCGUGAGUAGCUUCAUUUUGAUAAGACGCCCAACAAUUUCCUGUGCGAAAAUUUUUGAUUGUGGUAGUUAACAGAGGUAGCAAUGAUAAAAUAUGUCGAUUUGAUGAUUCUCAAAUAUUAAUUACUAACUGGAUUGUUUUUUAUUAAAUCUUAAGAUAAUUAUCUAAA